CAUAAGACAAAAACCCCUCAAAAUUCCCUCUCGGAGUCGGAGAGAACGUGCAGCAAACACUACACGAGAGUUCCAGUGAGCGAUCGCCGGCGAAAUUGGAAGAGAAAAGGGGGAGAACAAGGAAAGAAGAGAACUAGAGCUCAUCGGCAAUGGCGUCGUCGUCAAGCAGCGGGCUGACUUUUAAGCUUCACCCGCUGGUGAUAGUCAAUAUUUCGGAUCACUACACCCGCGUCAAGUCGCAGAUGAACCCUCCCGUGGCGAGCACAAGCUGCUCGAAUACGAACGGCAGCGGAAACGGCGGUGAUUCUGCGGCCGUGGUGGCGCCAGCGCCGCCGCCAAGAGUGUACGGAUGCGUUAUUGGAGUUCAGAGGGGACGAACCGUCGAGAUCUUCAACAGCUUCGAGCUUCUCUACGACCCCUCCACUGACUCCCUCGACCGUGCUUUCCUCUUGAAGAAGCAGGAGCUCUAUAAGAAGGUUUUCCCCAACUUCUACGUACUGGGAUGGUAUUCUACCGGCAGUGAUGCGGAAGAAGCAGAUAUGCACAUUCACAAAGCUUUGAUGGAUAUUAAUGAAAGUCCUGUCUAUGUCCUACUGAAUCCUGCCAUAAAUCACGCUCAGAAGGAUCUUCCAGUGACUAUCUAUGAAAGUGAGCUGCAUGUGAUUGAUGGAAUUCCGCAACUGAUUUUUGUUAACUCAAGCUACACUAUUGAGACUGUAGAAGCUGAAAGGAUUUCAGUUGACCAUGUUGCACACCUUAAGCCGUCUGAUGGAGGUUCUGCAGCCACCCAAUUGGCUGCUCACCUUACCAGCAUACACAGUGCCAUCAAGAUGUUAAAUAGCAGAAUUAGGGUGCUUCAUCACUAUCUUGUAGCUAUGCAGAAAGGUAUUUGUGUUCCUCUUUUCCUAUGGCAGUUGCAGAAUAGAUUGAUCUCAUAGGGUUCCCAGUGAGUGAAGAUACUUCAUUUUAAAAGUUAGAAAACCAGCAGUAUCUGAAAGGUGCAAGAUAUAUCAAUAUUGGAUAAUCUCAUGCAUUUAGACAGUAAUGUCACUGGGUUACUAUUGCUUUCGAAAUAUCUGCAGUGAGUAGAGUCUAAGUUGAUAGUUGUUGUAUGCUUUAAAUGCAGGUGAGAUUCCGUGUGAGAACUCCUUGCUUCGACAGGUAUCAAGCCUUCUGAGAAGAUUGCCAGCUAUUGAAUCUGAAAAGUUCCAAGAUGAUUUCUUAAUGGAAUACAGCGACACGCUAUUGAUCACAUACCUGGCCAUGUUCACCAACUGCUCAAGCACAAUGAAUGAGCUGGUGGAAAAAUUCAACACUGCAUACGACAGGCACAGUCGAAGGGGCGGUCGAACUGCCUUCAUGUAGGAGAGAAGGCUUCUGCUUAUUGCUGCUGCUGCUAGUGGUUCUGUUUAUGCCUUCCCUCCGGCACAUAGAGUUUACCCUUUUGGAUAUGUUGGAUAUGAAGACGCCUCCUGCACUCUUGCUUUGAAAGAAAUGGAAACAAUAUAUCACAUCUCAUUUGGUUUUGCUGUUCAUUAUGACAUGCUCUUCGAUGUUCUACUACCCUGAGAUCUAGGCCUUGUAUAUCUUUCUUAUCCAAUGAAUGUGGAAAUCUGGAUGUUAAAAGACAGUUUCAAGCCCUGCUACCUCCCCCUCUGUUUGAGGAAAGAGGCAAUCAGUCACUUACCUCGGCACAAGCAGUUAGAAUGUGGUGAAGCUCAGAUGUUUCAUUCAAAUAUCAAACUGAAUCUGAUUAGCAGCAACCAACCUUCUCAAUCUAAUUAGUUAUUCCUACAAAUGAAU